CUCCACUACCUGGGUGAAGGACUCUGCUGGUGCCGCGGCUGCCGGUCCCGCCUCCACAGAAUCGGCUGUGCUUCCGGUACCAGUCCUCAACGAGAAGCAGGCUCUCGCUGUAACACUGGUGAGAGAUCACGCGGCGAGCCUCGACUCCUACCGAGAAGCCGUCCGCGUGAGCCGCAGAGACAACAGCGCCAGGGCCGCGCACCCCCCCCUGCCGGCGCCUCCGAGUCCUCUCCGUUUGCUGCUCACGGGGACGGCGGGCGCCGGCAAGACGGUUGUCAAUCGGGAGAUGGUGAAGUUGGUGGGACAGCAGCGGUUCAUCCUCAUGGCUCCAACGGGGAACGCUGCUUGCGCCAUCGGAGGAAUGACCAUCCACGGCGGUUUCAGGAUUCCCGUCGUCCAGAGCAACCGGUCUUCGGACCCCAGCCGCAUGACCGAAGCAGCUCUCAGGGACCUGCAGGAGCGCAUGGCUGAGGUCGAUUUCAUCCUCGUCGACGAGUUCUCCAUGGUGGGUCAGGACAUGCUCGGCCUCAUGAGCGCGAGGGGAAAACAGGCCGUGGAGGGGCGGAGGGGAGAUGGAAUAGAGGACUUCCGCCAAGACGUAUUCGGAGGCCUAAGCAUCAUCCUCGUCGGCGACCCAGCACAUCUUCCUCCGGUCGGGGCUAGCCCGUUGUGGAAACACAAUCCUUCCACGGGCGGCCUCAGCAUGCAAGGACUGCAAGCGUGGCUGUCGAUGAACAACGCCGUCGAGCUCACGCAGGUCAUGCGCCAGCAAGGUCCGGAGCAGGCCGCCUUCCGCGACACACUACUGCGUAUCGCCGAGGGCAUGCAGACCGCAGACGACUGGGACGUACUCAAGCGAAGGUUCAUCGCCGCGGUGGGGGCUGCAGAACGCGAAACCUUCGACGACGCUGUUCACAUCUUCCCCACGAACGCCCUCGCCGACGACUGGAACUGGCGGC